AUGUCAGAAAGCGAAUACGUGACCCUCGAAUCCUCAGACGGAUUCCAAUUCGUCAUUCACCGCGAAGUCGCCAUGCUUUCCGGCACCGUCAAGAACAUGCUCUCCAGCCCUGGUCAUUUCACGGAAUCGACGGAGGGUGUAAUCCAAUUCAGAGAUAUUAAGGCAAUCAUCUUGGAGAAGGUCUGCCAAUACUGGUACUACAAGGCGCGACACUUGAACUCGGUGACAGAGAUUCCACACUUUGAGAUCGAACCCGAAUACGCACUCGAGACUCUCAUGGCCGCCGAUUUCCUCGACACAUAA